UUAUAUAGAAACUCAAAAGUCCAAACACCGCCAUCUCCAGCACCUUCGCUCCGGCUUCACUGCGACCUCGUCGUCGCCGAUCUCCGGCUCUCCGGCGAGGGCAUCGUUGCGGUAGAGAUCCAUGGCGGCCAUGAGGAUGGAGCAAGGAGAAGCGGAUCUCGUCACCCCUGGCGAGAAGCUAGGCGAUGCCACCGUCCUCAUCGCCGGGAAAGGAGCUUAUCUCUCCCCCAAUGGCCGCACAAUCCACGCUUCCCUCACUGGCCUUCGCGUCCUUACUCCACCUCCAUCCGGUUCCUCCGAUCAGAGAUCCAUUGUUGAUGUUGUUGGUCAUCGAUCGCAUGGCCCUGUUCCUGAACCUGGAUCAAUCGUCGUUGUUCGGGUUACAAAAGUUAUGGCUAGAAUGGCUUCAGCUGAUAUAAUGUGUGUGGGAUCAAAGGCUGUGAAGGAAAAGUUUACUGGUAUUAUUAGGCAACAAGAUGUCCGGGCAACUGAGAUUGAUAAGGUAGACAUGUAUUUGUCUUUUCGCCCCGGUGACAUUGUUAGGGCCUUGGUGCUCUCGCUUGGAGAUGCCAGAGCAUAUCACCUUUCAACAGCAAGAAAUGAAUUGGGUGUCAUAUCUGCUCAAAGCAUAUCUGGUGGUGUUAUGGUGCCGAUAAGUUGGACAGAGAUGCAAUGUCCAUUGACUGGCCAAAUUGAACAUAGAAAAGUUGCCAAAGUACCACCUAAAUCAGAAGUAAAAGAUGAGUAAAACUGCAUCUAACUCUUUAAAAUUUCAACUUCAAAGUCAUAGUUAUGUUUUGGUGUUGGGACUUUUUGAGUAGUUGUCUGUUCAAUGGAAAUGAUAUGAAAUUUUGUAGUUCA